UUUCAUUUCAUCAUCUGAUAUGCAAGUCUACACAAAGUGUUACUAUCUCCCUACCUUUCCUACAUAACUCAUUUCCUAUCACCAAGUAGUCAUAGAUGAACCUUCCUAAAACCUACACGACAUGACAAUUAAACCAUAAACCUCAUUCCUCAACUUAUACACACAUUUCUAUAUAUAACUACACAAAACAUGUUCAUUAACCAUAGCAUGCACAAGCCCCUCAAUUCACCUAAACCCCAAACCUUCCUUCAUUCUCCGAGCCCGGCCGCUUGUCGAGCAAUUGCCACAAGGUGCUCAUCCGUAUUCAUUUUCUCUCGACGAAAUCCCAUGUCAACCGCUAAAAAACCCGUGCUCCAACGUCGCGACUUAUCCUCCGCAGCAAAAGCUGUGUCGGUUCCUGCCGCCAGUGAAAAUACAACAAGCGUGAAAGCUGUCGUGACCGUGCUACAGACGGUGGGGGGAAUACUUAGCCGUGGGCUAGAUGAUAUCACCGACUUGCUCGGUAAAACCCUCCUAGUCGAGCUUGUGGCGGCCGAGCUCGAUCCUAAAUCUGGAUUGGAGAAACCAACCAUCAAUUCAUAUUCGCAUAAGGUUGACGACAAUGACAAUGAGUCGUAUUACGAAGCCAAAAUCGAAAUUCCUGAGGAUUUUGGAGAAAUUGGUGCUGUAAUUAUAGAAAAUGAGCACAAAAAAGAAAUGUUCAUAAAAGACAUCUUAUUAGAAGGUUUAUCAUCAAGUGGCUCAAUCACAGUGACCUGCAAUUCAUGGGUUCAACCAAGCAAUGAAAACCUGGAAAAAAGAGUAUUUUUCAGUAACAAGUCUUACCUGCCGUCCCAAACUCCGAGUGGGCUGAAAAGAUACAGAGAGAAAGAGCUCAUCAUCUUACGAGGCGACGGCCAAGGCGAGCGCCAGACCUCCGACAGGAUUUACGACUACGAUGUCUACAACGAUCUCGGAGAUCCCGACGCCGAUGAUGACCUGGCACGCCCCUCAAGGAGCUCCGACUUGUACGUGCCUAGAGACGAAGCUUUUUCCGAAGUAAAGCAGGAAACAUUCUCAGCCAAAACCCUGUCUUCCGUGCUCCGUGUGCUCGUCCCAUCAGUUAGGACUUCCAUCAUAGACAGUAACCUUGGAUUCCCACACUUCACCGCCAUAGACACUUUAUUCAAUGAAGGUUUCUUGCUUCCGGAUAUUCCAACUACAGGGCUUCUGGGGAAUGCCAUACCCAGGCUUGUAAGGUUUGUCAGGAACACCAAAAAUAGCGUCCUGCAGUUUGAGACGCCUCAGUUGAUCGACAGAGAUAGGUUCGCUUGGUUCAGGGAUGCUGAAUUCGCAAGACAAACUCUAGCGGGUGUCAAUCCAUUGUCCAUCAAGUUAGUCACGGAUUGGCCACUGAAAAGUGAUCUGGACCCUGAGAUUUAUGGGCCUUCUGAGUCGGCGAUCACAACAGAGUUGGUAGAGAAAGAAAUCGGAGGCUACAUGACAGUGGAUGAGGCAUUGAAGCAGAAGAAGCUGUUCAUUUUAGAUUACCAUGACAUUUUCUUGCCUUACGUGAAUAAGGUAAGGAAACUCAAUGGGACCACCUUUUAUGGGUCGAGGACAUUAUUUUUCUUGAUGCCUGCUGGAACAUUGAGGCCCCUGGCUAUUGAGCUAACAAGACCGCCUAUAGACGGGAAGCCCCAGUGGAAAGAGGUCUAUCAGCCAUGUUGGAGCCCAACUGAUAUCUGGUUGUGGAGGUUGGCUAAGGCUCAUGUCCUGGCUCACGACUCUGGUUAUCAUGAGCUACAGACUCAUUGUUGCGCAGAGCCUUACGUAAUCGCGACAAAUAGGCAACUGAGUGCAGUGCACCCGAUUUACAGAUUAUUGGAUCCUCAUUUACGGUACACAAUGGAGAUUAAUGCUCUGGCACGUGGGGCCCUUAUCAAUGGUGAUGGUAUCAUCGAGUCCUCAUUCUCCCCGGGUAAGUACUCCAUGGAGUUGAGCUCUGUUGCCUAUGACAAGCUAUGGCAGUUUGACCUACAAGCACUACCGGCAGAUUUAAUCAACAGGGGAAUGGCCGUGGAGGAUCCAAAUGCACCUCACGGCCUAAAGCUAACAAUCGAAGACUACCCUUUCGCAAACGAUGGUCUGCUCAUAUGGGACGCCAUCAAACAGUGGGUCACGGAUUACGUCACGCACUACUACCCUGAACCGUACCUCAUCCAAUCAGACAACGAGCUUCAGUCAUGGUGGACAGAGAUCCGAACAGUGGGCCACGCGGACAAAAAAGACGAACCCUGGUGGCCCGAGUUAAAAACUCCACAGGACCUGAUCAAGAUCAUCACAAACAUCAUAUGGGUGGCCUCAGCCCACCAUGCAGCCGUCAACUUUGGCCAAUUUGAUUACGGAGGCUACUUUCCCAACAGGCCCACCAUAGCUCGGAUCCAAAUGCCCACUGAGGACCCAAUAGAGGAAGAACAGAAGCAGUUUCUCGAGAGGCCUGAGGAGUUUCUCUUGAGGUGCUUUCCUUCGCAAAUUCAGGCGACAAUUGUUAUGGCUGUUUUGGAUAUUUUGUCAAGUCAUUCGCCCGAUGAGGAGUAUAUUGGGGAGAAAAUGCAGCCGUUUUGGGCUGAGGAUAAAGUGAUAGUUGCUGCUUUUGAGAGGUUUAAUGGGCGGCUGAAGGAGAUUGAGGGGAUUAUCGAUGGUAGAAAUGCGGAUACAAGCCUGAAGAAUCGGACAGGAGCUGGCGUGGUGCCGUACGAGCUUCUGAAGCCAUUCUCGGAACCUGGAGUGACGAGUAAAGGUGUGCCGAAUAGCAUCUCGAUUUGAAUUUAUGACAUGUUAUUAUUGUGCAUUUAAGUUGCUGUGUGGAGUUGAAAUAUGAACAAGGUGUUCUAUAUCUUGCAUUUGGAGUUAUUGGGUUUGAUAAUAAAGUUUCAUUAUGUAUGCAUCAGCAAGAGUAUUAAAUUUCAG